AAUUUCCUCUACUGGCAUCAGUCAUUCGCUGCUCUCCGCUCGGCGCACUACGCGGGGACCCUUUCAAGCAGUUCGAGCUUUCAAGAUCGAGCACAUUCGAUCGGACUUUGCCGUGGGAUUCUGGAUUGAACACAAGGCAUUUUGGAGGCUUAUUUUUGCUGUGCGUGUGCGGAAAGAGAUGGGGACGGUGACAAUGUCGUUGGGAUGUUUGCUGGCUGUUUUGGUGUUCGGAGUCGCUUUGGCCAGUGCUAACGACAAGCGAGGAAAGGAGAUGAUUCUGAAGAACUGCCACUGCACCUGCUUCGACGAGGACAUCCCGCAUCCUGACGUCUGCAACGCAACGACACCAGGCGCUUGCAACGCCUACGCCGACGCCGAGGUCGUCUUCGUCAGUCGCUCCGAGUGGCACGCUCGUCCCCCAAUCAAGCCUCUCCUGGACCUGGAGACCAUCCCAGCGCCUUACGUCGUCAUCAGCCACACGGCGACCAAGAGCUGCUUCACCAAGGACCAGUGCCUCCCCCACAUCCGUUCGAUACAAGCCUUCCACAUCGAGUCUCACGGUUGGUUGGACAUCGGGUACAACUUCCUGGUCGGCGGCGACGGGCUUGUCUACAUAGGCCGCGGCUGGGACAAACAGGGCGCCUACACUCACAAGUACCACCAGAACAGCAUCGAGAUCUCGUUUAUCGGGACGUUCAGGGAGGAGACACCCUCGGCCGCUCAGAUAGCCACGACGAAGAAGCUCCUGCAGAUCGGCUUGAGGGAGAACAAACUCGCCAAGGAUUACAAGCUCCUCGAGCACAAGCAGGUCGGAGUUCCGCAUACUCAGAGACCGGGGGAUCAUUUGUACGAUAUUAUCAAGACGUGGGAGCACUGGGAUCCCAAUCAUUAGGAGGUUAUUUUAUAGUCUUUCGAAUGAUGAUUUAAUAACUGCCGUAUUUAACUGAGAUUCUUUGUUAACGAUAACUGCCAGAUUUGUGAUCUUGAUUUUAAUGAUGUUUCGCAUUUGAUUGGGAAUAUUUGAAUUCGUCACAUUGGGUCAUAACUGUGGCCUGUGAUUUGUGAUACUGUAUUUACUUUUAGUAAGAGCGAUGAAAUUUGUCUUCGUGUUGAAAUUUAGUAAAUAUGCAUAUAGUCACAUAAGCGUAUCCAUGUACGAAACUUUUAGAUACAUCUCGCGUCAAAUAUACAACGUGAGUAUCAAAGUUUAAAA